ACGUGUGGCGUAGGAAUUUCACAGCAACUAUCACUGUCAUACAACUCCAGUGACACUUUCGGCUAUUUUCGCUUGUAUACUGAGACUGACAGCACACGAUGGCACAAGGGGACCCUAGAAAAUGGCAUUUACCAGGUUGGAGAAUAGAACAACGCUAUUCACAAGGGGUCCUCAUCGGAAACUGGUCAGAAGAGCGCAAUGUGUUUAAGAAUGGAAAUACCCCACACAACAGCACUCACAGAAUCGACUUCAGAAACUUUGGAAGUCAUCGUCCAGAUGUUGUCAUAAGGCGCUCUGCUCUUUUGAAAAAUGAUGGAAUCGGUCAGCAAAACUUGUUUUAUCACCAUGGCAACCGCUACUCCAACAACAUGGUUUCUUGGUAUGAUGAGCACUACAAUGGGAGAUGGAGGGAAAAUACUCUCCCUGACCUGAGAAACUGGAACAGCCAUGAACUCUCAUGGGCACCGGAGAAGUCGGAUUAUCCUCUACAAGGAGCUUCCACCAACUAUGGCUUGUAUCAGAAACUUCAAAAUCGCUGGAGUGACCAAAUUGCUGACGAAACACGAGGGGAUUUCACCUCAACUUACACAUCCGCGUACAACCCCAGAUCAGCAAGCGGACUGGUGACAACAAGAUUUGCCAACCCACGCGAGAACUCCACAACUCUCCACAAGUACAAUCACACUAACAAGGACCUAGGCUUGAGACAAGUUUCAUCUUUGAAGUCUCCGGAGAAACUUCCCAGUGAUAUACCACUGGUCUCAUGUUGAAAGAAAAACAUGUGUGUUGGCAUUUGAAUUCGUUCAGAUGACCUCUGUCUCAAAAUCACUAUAUCUAGUCUCAUGUCUGUACAUUUUGUGAAGUAUUCCCAUAUGUUUUUUACAAUCAAAGAUCUAUGUCAUAAAGGAUUAACAUAAUGGUUAUUAUGUGGAAACCAAUAACUAACAGUAUUACAUAAAUUUACAAUGUUUCAUAUAUUUUAUAUAUGAACUGUUCAAAUCAAAACAGUUAAACUAUAGGCUACAUAUUUAGACAUCCCUUGUAGCAUUGAUCCAAUUCUUCAAGUACUAAUAUUUGUUUUUCUCAGAUUAUUUGAUUUUGCGGAAUUCCAUUUUAUUCUUAAGUUGAUGUAUGUGCACAUUGUUAAUUAUGUUACUAGAUAUUUAAAAUAGCUGCACAGCAUUAGAUAUCUCCCUAAUGUUAUAAUGACCUAGCUGAACGGUAAUUUGAAGGUUUACCAAUCCCGAUCACCAAUUCUUGAAUAAUCAAAAUACCAAAUGUUUUAACUUGAGUUUUAGCUGACACAAGCACUUUUAGUUAUGAUUUGCUGUGUUUAUGUCUGUCAGACAAUACAUCAAAUUAACAAGUCAACUGUGCUUAUCUCAAAUUCAAUUUGUUGAGUUUAUGAUCUGUUGUUACUGAAUCAAUAUUUGGUUCCCUCAAAAGCUACAGUGUUAUAUAUGUUAUGUUACAUAGACACUGACUCUCUCUAAAAUUGAAUGGUCUUAUUUUCUCCAAAAAUCCUCAGUUUAUCUUGAUUUUAUUGCGAUAACUAAAAUCUUUGCUCAAUGCAAGAUCCAUAACUUGUCUCCAUUCCAUAUUUUAAUUUAUGUUCUCAAAACCAAAUAACCUAUUGUGUUGUUUUAUAGAAAAAAAACUUCAUUAUUCCAACCCCUUUUAUCCGGACACUCCGCACUCCGGACAAGUACUGCUUGAAGCUUGCAUAUAUACAAGGGAAUAACACUCUGUACCCUUGUUUCAUUUAUCCAGAGUUUGUAAAUCUGUAUGAUUUCACUUGGAACAUGUCUGUAUAAACCGGGUUUCACUGUACACAUAUUUGCUCAAUGGAUUCAAAUGUUGUUAGCAUAAUACCUCUCCGGCUCUAAUCAGAAUGCUUAUAUCAAAAUAUCCUCUGAUAUGCACUACUCCAAUGAAGAUAAAGAAUCCUGAUUCUUUCAUAUUACUAUAGUUAAUCUGUCGCGGCAUGACAGAUGAACUAAAAUAAUAUGUAAGAACCAUGUGUUCUUUAACUUCUUUUGAGUACCGGUAGUAUAUGUUUCCGGUACUUACAACAGCACCAAAUGACAUGCUUUAGGGUAAUUAGCUCACACAGUAUUAACACAGUAUUAUUGAAUCAUAUUUUUGAAUGAAGUGGCAGUAUUCAGUAUUAUGAAUUACCAUAACCUUGGAUAUAUAGUAUUUUGCACUUUUACUGUUUGUUUUCAUAUAUUAUGUAUAUACAGGUAUUUACAAACAUUAACAUCUAUUCAGUAUUAACUGUUGUUGAUUUGCUACACCCACUGGCUUUAUCUGUGAUAUUUUUGUAUUUACAAUAUAUGGUUUAUGGUAUUUAACAGUCUCAUCAAGUUUGUGAUGUGAAUUUUAUUCAUUUAUAAGCAACUUACAAUGUCAAUGUUGUCUGCGGUAGUUAACAUAGCAGUAUUGUAAACUACUUAAAAGGAUUUAAGGAACACCUGAUUUGUUCAUGUCAUGUCAUGACGGAAGCACUCUAGUCAUGAGAAGAAAUAGGGUGUUCCUUAACUUCUCUUGAGUAGCAUAUGAUGCCAGUCCUAUCAAUGUUUAACUGGCUUCUCUCUGUCUUGUUCAUAUUGCCAAAAUGUCCUAUUUUGUUUAUUAUAUCUGAACUUGUAUGAAUUCAGACAUUUAUGACAUGCACGAUUCUCUAAGUUAAUCAAAAGCUGGAAAUGUGAUAUGAGAAUAUGUAUUUGAAUAAAUCAACAUGGUGAAUUAAUGGUAAAGGGGAAACACAUGUGUAUCACCUGACCUGUCAAUCCCGCAGAUAACUAAUGUGUCAAGUAUUAUAUAUAUAACAUGUAUUAUAUCAAGUAUUAUAUAACAUGUAAUAUAUCAUGUAUCAUGGAUCUAAUUGGGCAGAGGGAUCUUAGUGCUCCAACAUAAAGCCAUGUUAUUGCAGGGGACUUGGACAAAUCUUUGCGCUAAGAUCUCUUGUACAUGUGGCUGAAGGCACUGCAUAGCUAAACAAACAGUAUUAUCAAUCACUUUUACACAUAUUUAUGGUGUUUGUAGACUAUUUGCAUUUCAAUACACAAUUUAUUUAUUAAAUAUUUGACCCCA